AUACUACGUUGGUGCACUACAAUAGCGGAAGUUGUUGGUAGACAAAAUGUUUGUAACUUUACGUAAUGUAAAUGAAUGACUUUUAGCUAUCUUAUUUGCAAUUAGUAAAAUAUUCCUGUGAUGUGAGCGAUCUUACCGAAUAAAUGGAAAAUAUGAUUUACUGACGCAGUUUCAUCUGACUUUAUCACACAGGUUAGACGGCUUUGAAGAUGAGGCUGAAGCUGAAGCUGAAGACCGUGUUUGUGCUUUACUUCAUGGUCUCUUUGCUGGGGCUCGUCUAUGCCUUGAUGCAACUAGGCCAACGCUGCAACUGCACAGAACAUGACAUUAUUAAAGAUAGAACAAUUUCGCGAUUGCGGGGCGAUUUGCAAAAAUUGCAAGAAGAGGUGAAGAGAUCUGACACUACUAAAGCUCCCAAGAAGACCCAUCUUCCCACCAUUUAUGUCAUAACGCCCACUUAUGCCAGGUUGGUGCAGAAGGCGGAGCUGAUGCGCCUCUCACAGACAUUCCUGCACGUGCCUCAGCUCCACUGGGUCGUGGUGGAGGACGCGGACCAGCCCACGGCGCUGGUGCGCAACCUGCUCGCCGAGUCUGGCCUGACCUACACACAGCUCCACAUCCUCACCCCCAAGGACCGGAAGCUUCAGGAGGGUGACCCCAGCUGGCUGAAGCCACGUGGUGCAGAGCAGAGGAACGAGGGCCUGCGCUGGCUCAGGGAGAUGGGCUCGGCCAGCAGGGGGCAGCACGGAGCUGCUGUGGAGAACGCAGUGGUGUACUUUGCGGACGAUGACAACACAUACAGUCUGAAGUUGUUUGAAGAGAUGCGGUACACUCAAGGUGUGUCCGUCUGGCCCGUCGGCUUAGUGGGCGGAAUGCGCUUCGAGAGUCCGGUAGUGGAUGGUGGAAAGGUCGUCCGCUUUCACACCGGCUGGCGCCCCAAUCGUCCAUUCCCAAUUGACAUGGCUGGCUUUGCUGUGUCUUUGCACCUUGUUCUGACCAAUCCUGAUGCCGUGUUUGAUGGGGAUGCUCAGAUGGGCUUCCUGGAGAGUAGCUUCCUGCAGGGAAUAAUUACGAUGGAGGAGCUCGAGCCAAAAGCAGAUAUGUGCACUAAGAUUCUGGUGUGGCAUACUCGCACCGAAAAGCCAAAGAUGAAGAGGGAAGAUGCAUUGCAGAAGCAGGGUUUGGGCUCUGAUCCUAAUGUGGAAGUGUAAAAUGCUCCUGUAGCUCUUCAUGUGCCAUCACAUUCCUGCCCUCUCUCAUCCAGCCACUACUGCAGAUGGCCACGUGGUGGAACACUUAAGGCGUACUCACACUACGCUAUCCGUACUGUGCCCGAGUACGUUUGACCGCCAAAGUUUGGUUCGUUUGACCACUGUGAUCGCUCCGUACCGUACCUGGUACGGAGUGGUACACGGUACGGUUGGACUUGUGACUGGACGCGCCUAUGCAAAGAUUCUAGAGCACAGCAGCUUGACCGUGCCUGGGUACAGUUUGAUAGUAUGCAGUGUGAGUGCGGACUAAGAACGGGAGAGAACCGUACUCCGUCACGGUACAAGUGAACCGUGCCCAGUGUGAGUACGCCCUGAGGAGGAGGAAGGUCAUGAACGCAUGCUGGGGAACAUGAACAAGAACUCGCAUGUUAUUAUGCCAAACAGGUUAUAGUGUUUUUAUCAAGUCCUGUAGUUGCAGAUGCAUAUAAGAAAAUGUCACUAAUACAGAGGCAUUCCCCUCAAAAUCAUAGUUAAAGGUUGUAUCAGCGAAAGCGGGGGAUACGUCACUUCUAUUGAUGUUCAAAUAAAAUAGAGAGCUAGCUCGCUACUUCCUCCCCCUCCCUCCUGUGCA